UCGUCAGGCUUUUCCCGCCGGGAUGGCCUCCGGUUCAGGAAAGAACCAAGAAGGCAACCAAACCGAAGAACCGGUCGAGAGCGAGGAGUCCAACGCCGCCACCGCCACCGCCACCGCCGCGGCCGCAGAGCCGCCUCCCCCCGCUCCGCCCUCCGAGCGCCUCCAAGAACGGGCCCAUGGGUCACCGGAAGCCGGAGGCCGGAAUUCCUUCGCUGCCACCGCCGCGGAGGCAGCGGCUGCGGCCCAGCGGAAAGGCACGGGGAUCGGGGCUCCUUCCUGCCGGCGCUACGCGGGCGGCAAGCCCCCACUCCCGCCCCUGGCCCCCUCCGUCUCGAGAGCAAGGGAGCCGAAGUCCGCGACCGGCAAGCCCCCACUCCCGCCCCGCGCCGUCCGCGCCUCGAAAUCGAAAGGUAAGAAGCCGAUGUCCGACGCGGAGGUGGUGAAGAGCGGCAUGGAGGUGAGGGCUAAGUGGAAGGAUAUGAGGGAAGGGCGAAUGUAUAUGAAGGACGUGCUCGACGAGCUGUUGGAGGAGAGCAAGGCGAACGCGGAUAUUGACCAGGAAGACGAGCCGGAGGGAACGGCGAUGCAACAGGAGCAGGUGAAGUCAGCAACAAUAUGGCCUGAAAAUUAUUACAAGGGAUCGAUCUGGAGAAAGUUUUUGGACAGGAUAGGAAUCUCCGACCUAAAUUCCAGAAUAGCGAAUCCCGAUGUGAACUACGAGACAAUCCCUAUGUUCGACGUCAUUAGGCAUUACAGGCUCCUUGAAAUGGUUGCUGGACGAGGAGUGGAAUUUCAUUCAAAUGCACUGAACCUUCGUCGCACCUAUUCUGAAUUUAGGCCAGUGCGUGGAGAUGGAGAGUGUUUCUACAGGAGCUUCAUAUUUUCCUACCUCGAGCAAGUUCUUGAUAGGCAGGAUACACAUGAGGAACAUCGUCUUCUUGUUGCUGUUAAAGAAGUGGCUAGGCAACAUGAGCGCCUUGGGUGGGCCUCCGAAUUUUCCAGAAGCCACAAAGAUGUGCACCAUUGUUUCACAGUAGUGGCAUAGUUACAUGCCAUCAGCAUUUUACACCCUGUUGACAUAUCUUCGAAUUUAAAUUUAUUGAAAAUGUAACAAUCUAAUGCUAAUAGGAAUACAUGUUGAGAUAAGUUUACUUUCACAGAACAGCAAUAAUGAGAUAAAAUUAGAGACAUUAAAGGGCUGCUUUGUGUGGUCAUCUGAUCAUCAGAUCAUAAAUGUUUAAUUUUACCUACUUGCUUAUAUAAUCUUGUCUUUCUCAACUAAUAUCUUAACAGUUGUUGUUUACUGGUAGAAGCUUCAAAGAUGAGUCUUAUGAUGUUCAUAUCUGUUCAUACCUUGCUAUAAACGGUCAGUAUUGUGUAAGUAUUAUUGCAAUAUAUAGUGUUUAUCUGAUUAUCUGAUUCUUUUAGGAAUUUAAGAAGCUGAUAAAGAAAGUAAUGAGAUGGAAGAGACACAGCAGAUGGAAGCACGUACAAACAACUAACAGCUACCGCAAAAAGAAACUUCUUCAGUACUUCAACAGCUAUGACAAGACGAACGACAUCUUCGCUUUCCUCGGAUUGGUAGCAGCUAUCUGGAUAUCCUCGCACAGUGACGAGUUCGAACCACUUAUCCGUGAGGUCAACAUUCUCACAGAUUGGUGCUUUGUCGAAGUUAUACAGUCGAGGGUCCUCACAGAUCAUAUUCAGAUAACAGCACUUGUCAACGCACUUCGGGUGCCGCUGCGGGUGGAGUAUCUGUUUCAAGAAUUUGGUCAAGACCUCUACACUGGCGAAGGCUCCCAAGACACCAUGCCAGGAAGCACGUGUUCGCCACGUCGUCAUCAUCAAGUACCCCUUGAUCACAAAGUUCCUCAACUGACCAUGCUAUACACGAACCUGCAAUGCAACAUCUUCUUCCCCAGCCCGGAUGCUAUUAUUGAGAACUUUCAUCAGGAGAAAACAAAGUUUAAGAGAAGCUUUAAGGCCAAAGCAGUACAGGCUCUAGAGCUCCCACCUCCUCGGGAUGGAUCUAUUUCAUGCACCAUCUGUGCUGCAGUAAGAAUUGGCUGGUUGGGUUUCCUAUCUGUCCGCAAUUCAGUUCUCAGCUGGAUUGCAGGCUGCUUUGGCAAACGACAACGGCCAACGCCGCCUUCUGAAUUCAGUUGGAUAUCUGUAAUGGGAAAGCCAAUCCUUAAUGAGGAUGGAAGCUGCACAAUUGCAUCAUGCACGAUGUGCAUCGAAGCACAACACAGGCUUGCUUUUGAGAGGGUAAAUGGCAGAGGAUCUUUUACUUUCAAAGCAAAGGUCCCUGCAGAACUUAAAAAGGCUUGCUCCAAGCGUGGAAUUUGGAACCGCGAAGAUGGGGCUGAUAUUCGUGAGAUUCUGAAGGCGAUUGCUCAAAAAGGCGGUGUGCUAACUGAACGCGUGCCUAAUAAUAUCAAGCUACCAAUAAGUGGUUAUCAUUGUUUGCAUGAUAUCGGUGGCUUUCAGUUAAUGAGGCUUAUCUGUGCACAUGGUCCCGUAAUUGGAAUACUAUGGGCAGAACUUGAUGAUUAUGACAGAGCCAUUGGUGACAUUGUUUAUAGACGAACACCAAUGGAGUAUAGGUUUCCUAAUUCUGGCGCCUACCAUGCUGUUGUGUGCUUUGGCUACAAGUAUGACCCUCAAAGGGAAGAACUGCACAUACGAGUUAUGGACAAUCAUGCUGAAGAUGGUCCUCUCAGAUGGAUAUCAUUUGCAGCAUUAGAGGAGUUUUACCUGCCUUUGAUACCAGAACCUGUUGAACUUCAUAAGUUACGCAGGAAGAAGAAAAGGGAAGAGCAUAGUGUAUCAGCCUAUGUCACCCAUAGUAUGGUCACUUUGGAGAAGAAGCUCAUGACGUGGAUCAGAUGCCGUGAGCUUGACAGGUUCUACAAGCCUAGGCAGCAAGAUGUUUUUCUGCUGGACAAUAAGUUGCGACAUGGACCAGAGCACCGCCAGUCCCGGACAGCGACUUCUAACAAGAGGUAGAGAGCCUGACCAAGUCAAGACAAGGGAGGUAGCUGCAGUGGUGAGAAAUCAGGUGAGAAGUGAGAACCCAAAUCAACACACUGCUCGGGGAAACUGAGUCCGACUGCUGCCUGUGAGUAUGAUGAGCAUUACUAAGUGAAAGAGGUAGAUGGAGAAUUAGGCAUACACUGACGAGAUAGAUAGGCGUAUACUUGUGUAUACUUCUUCUGAUGGCACAAACUGCUGGUGCCAAUAGGAUGAUCUGUAGCUGCGCUGCUCCAUUGUAAAGUCCCGACUUGGUACAUUGAUUCUUUUGUGAAUUGUGAUCACAUUCUCUUAACUACUGCUUCCUGAGAUAAUUGAUUCUUUUGUAAAUUGUGAUCACAUUCUGUUAAGUACUAGCUUCUUGAGAUAACUUUAUUGUCUAACAGCUU